AUGAGGGUUCGUCAAUGGCUGCUGAGCAGCCAGGCGGCCCUGCUCUUCGGCGCCCUCAGCCCGCUGAGCGCCAGCGCAAGCCCGCCCAUCAACGUAGCUCUCAAGGCUCGAUUCAAUUCGCCUCCCUACCUCGUCGAGCUGCUCGAGACGGCCGCCUUCGAGAACGCAACCGCCUACUUCCCGCUCCUCGACCGUAUAGCAGACGGUUACUUUGACGACAAGUCGACCGAGAAGGACCUGUACGACGCCUUCCUGAAGCUGCUCCAGGACGACGGCCACAUAACCGACCCCGACGCCCUCUCCUCGUUCCAAUUCGCCCUCUCCAUCCAUACGGCCGCACCGCGCAUCGAGGCCCACUACCAAUUCUAUAACACAUCCGUCAAGCCUUCGUUGGAGGCCGACAACUGCGAAUCAUGGGUUCUGCUCAAUGGCAAGCAGUACUGCUCGCCAGAGAUGGACCAGGAACAUGGCGAAGUGAAGAACCCCAAGGUCGACGACCUGCCCUUCGACCGCCCUUUGAGACAGGAGCGCCGCUCCGUCCCCUCCGUCUUGUACGCCGACAUCACCUCUCCCAGCUUCCGCAACUUCCACAAGACCAUAGUCAAGACUGCCCGCGCCGGCGAGACGUCUUACAAGCUGCGCCACAAGCCCUCCGAGAACGUCCGCCACGAGCCGCUCGACGUCCACGGAUACGGAGUGGAGCUUGCUCUCAAGAGGACCGACUACAUCGUCAUUGACGACCGUCAGGCCGAGGAGGGUGACAAGGCCCCCGCUGCAGAUGCCGCACAGGCGGUCCUGCAGGACGAGGAGGUCGCAGACUUGAAGCCGCUCUCCGAGUCGGAGCUCAAGGGCCUGGGCCUCAAGGCCGGAAGCUUCGUCAUGGGCUCCGAGGACCCGCUGGAUACUCUGCUCAAGCUCUCGCAGGACUUCCCCAAGCACUCGUCCGCUAUCGCUGCUCACGAGGUCUCAAAGGAGUUUUUGAAGGAGCAUCAGGAGAACAGAGAAGCCGUUCUGCCUCCGGGGUACAACAUCCUUUGGAUUAACGGCGUGCAGGUCAUGCCUCGCGACGUCGAUGCCUUCGCCCUGCUCGAGCACUUGCGCCGCGAGAGGCAGAUUAUCAAUGGCGUGCGCAAGCUCGGUUUCUCUUCGCCCGAGGCUGUCAACGUUCUUUCGAACAACAACAUCGCAAAGGCGAAGGACGACGACGAGCCUCAGCGCUACGACUGGAGGGAUUCGACCGAGGGCGGCAACGUCAUCAUGUUCUUGAACAAUAUCGAGAAGGACAAGCGCUACGCCGAGUGGCCUGAGAGCCUGCGUGCACUCCUCCAACCCUCUUACCCUGGAACUCUUCCCAGCGUCAAGAGGGAUAUUCAAAAUGUAGUCAUUCCGCUCGACCUCACCAACGCCCUCGACGCCACCCUGCUCGUCGAGACUCUACAGAGCAUGGUCAAGCGCAAGCUGGCUCUCCGCUGGGGCAUCGUGCCGUCGACGAAGAACAACAGGGCGGAGCGACAGGCUCACGUCGUCUACUACCUCCUCGAGUACCACGGACUCGGUACCGUCAUGCAAUACCUCGAGCACUCUCUUAAGCUGAAGGAAAUCACUGAGCCUUCCAAGACGGCCUUCUACACGGUGACCGAGAGCGCCAAGCUCCGCGGCAACCGGGUUGCGAAGAGCUUUGAGGAGGUCUUCGAGGAGCCCAACGUUGUCAAGCGCGUUCAGGGAGCAGCGGCUUACCUGAUGAGGCUGGCCGCCGACGGCAACUCGCCCCCAUUCUUCGUGAACGGCGUGGCGCUCCGUCGCAACGACGAGUGGCUUUCGACCAUGAGCAUGAGGGUGUCGCGGGACCUCAACAUGAUCCAGAAGGGUGUCUUUGAGAACACGUUCGACGAGGAUGGCGAAGACUGGCUCCCCGAAGUCUUCCUCGCCAACGCCCUCCUGAGGCGCAACCCGAUGAUUGUUCCCGAGGACGAGAAGGAGAUCAAGCACGUGGACAUGGCUCAGGUCUAUGCUGACUACGGCGACCUGAUGGAGCGCUUGCCGACUUUCAAGCCCGCGAAGGACUCGGAGUGGUUCCAGUGGGCCCAGCUCAUCGUCCUCGGCGACUUCGACUCCAACGCGGGCGCGAACCUGCUUGCCGACGCCUACCAGUUCGCCGCCGCGCACGGUGAUAUCGAGACCGUCUUCAUCCACACGGGCGACGUGGACCGCCACUCCAGGCUGUCCUACCUUCUGUGGAAGAACUCGGGCCAGAGCUUCGUGGACGACCUCCCCGAAGACUUUGUGCCGCCUCGGAGGGAGCUCAAGGAGUGCGACGAGUACUGGAGCGCCAUGAAGCCGCUCAUGCGCGUCUUCGACGGCGAGUCUGGUCGCGAAUCGCUGGUCCUCAACGGCAGAACCGUCGGUCUCCUCCGCAAGCGCCGGCCUUUCACCACCGAGGACCUGGAGAAUCUCCUGGCCUACGAGAGGAAGAAGCGCAUCGAGCCGGCGAACAGGGCGAUCAUCGACCUGGGUCUUGAGAACAAGAUCAAAUCGCCCGCUGCAUCCGCUCAGUUUACAUCCUUGGUGGCCCUCUCGACCGUCUCGAACAUCCCCGAGGGAAUCUUCGACACUCCUCCGACCACGCGUCGCGACGUGUACAAGUUCUGGAACGACACCCACACGUGCAUCAAGACGGGCGACCUGGAGACGGCUGCGAUCCAGAUCGUCGCCUCUGUCGACCCCUCUUCCGAGACUGCUCAGAGAUGGCUUCCCAUCCUCAAGGUUCUGUCGGAGCUGAGCGGCGUCCACAUGCGACUGUUCCUCAACCCUAAGGAGAGGCUGAGCGAGCUUCCGGUGAAGCGCUUCUACCGCUACGUCCUGGCGUCCAAGCCCUCGUUUGACGAAAACGGUUCCACCGAGGCGCUGAAGGCCAGGUUCGACGGCAUUCCCUCGGAAGCGCUCCUGAACCUUGGACUGGACGUGCCGCCUCAGUGGGUCGUCUCGGCCAAGGAGUCGCUCCAUGACUUGGACAACAUCAAGCUGAGCCAGCUCAAGGGACAGUCGUCCAUCGAUGCCGUCUACGAGCUCGAGUACAUCCUGAUCGAAGGCCACUCCCGCGACCUCACCAACGGCAUGUACCCCCGCGGCGUCCAGCUCGACCUGCGCACCGCCUCGAACCCCCGCUACGCCGACACCAUCAUCAUGGCCAACCUGGGCUACUUCCAGUUCAAGGCGAACCCGGGCUUCUUCGACAUCGAGCUGCAGCCGGGACGCAGCCAGGAGAUCUUCACCAUCGACAGCCUGGGCACGCUCGGCUGGGAGCCGCAGCCGGGCGACCGCACCAAGGAGAUCGCCCUCAUGGACUUCAAGGGCGUCACACUGUACCCGCGCCUGUCGCGCCGGUCCGGAAAGGAAGACGACGACGUGCUCGAGGUGCCGACCACCAUGGUCGAGGACCUCGCCGCCAAGGGGGCCGCCUUCGCCGACGGCAUCCUGUCCAAGGUCGGCAUCAACGUCAAGACUGGUGCAUCCUCGCGGCACGCCGACAUCAACAUCUUCUCGGUGGCCAGCGGCCACCUGUACGAGCGCAUGCUCAACAUCAUGAUGGUGUCGGUCAUGAAGCACACCAAGCACACGGUCAAGUUCUGGUUCAUCGAGCAGUUCCUGUCGCCGUCGUUCAAGUCGUUCCUACCAACACUAGCGGCGGCGUACGGCUUCGAGUACGAGAUGGUGACGUACAAGUGGCCGCACUGGCUGCGCGGCCAAAAGGAAAAGCAGCGCGAGAUCUGGGGCUACAAGAUUCUUUUCCUGGACGUCCUCUUCCCGCUCGACCUCGACAAGGUCAUCUUCGUCGACGCGGACCAGGUCGUCCGCGCCGACAUGCACGAGCUCGUCACGCUGGACCUCGACGGCGCGCCUUACGCCUUCACGCCCAUGUGCGACUCGCGCACCGAGAUGGAGGGCUUCCGCUUCUGGAAGCAGGGGUACUGGAAGAAUUUCCUGAAGGGCCGUCCUUACCACAUCUCGGCCCUGUACGUCGUCGACCUCAACCGCUUCCGCCGCCUCGCCGCGGGAGAUCGCCUCCGCCAGCAGUACCAGCAGCUCAGCGCCGACCCGAACUCGCUGUCCAACCUCGACCAGGAUCUGCCGAAUAACAUGCAGGUCGUGCUCCCCAUACACAGCCUGCCCCAGGAAUGGCUGUGGUGCGAGACGUGGUGCAGCGACGAGAGCCUCAAGAAGGCCAAGACGAUCGACCUUUGCAAUAAUCCGCAGACGAAGGAGCCGAAGCUGGAUCGCGCGCGCAGGCAGGUGCCCGAGUGGACGGUUUAUGAUGAUGAGAUUGCGGCGUUGGCGAGGAAGGCGAGGGGGGAGGGGAAGGCGGCGGGUGUGGUUGAUGCUGAGGAUGAGCAACUGUUGGAGAAGGUGCAGGAGCAGGCGGAGGAGGUGGAGGGGGAGAGGAAGGAGAAGAAGGGGCAUGAUGAGUUGUAG